CAUCAAUCUCCUAUCUUGAUUUGCUUUGAGUCUUGUUUUGGCUCUUGAAUUAUUCUGGUCAUUUAUUGAUUUACUGGAAUUUUCAAAUGGGAUGUAUAUAUAAUACGAGAGAGACAGACAACAAGAGGGAUGGAAAGAGUGACGAGAGAUGGAAGGAGGCAAGAAAUAUGAUUUGGCUUUUUUAAAUAUUUUGGCCUUUACUUAUUAAAGAGGGCAUUUUAGUCUUUUUGCCUGCGAGAAAUCCUAUUUUUAACACGAGGAAGCAAAACUGGAGGAGGGUUUAUCAAAAUUGAGCGGUGAGGCGAUUAAUUAGGUGGACUAAAUAAUAUUUUCCCUUUCUUUUUUUUUUUUUUCUUUGUCAGACUAGUUGGCGAAUCCCUAUUCAGCUGUUUGUCACACAUGUCACUUCUAUAAAAGGCACCACCUAAGCACCAACAUUACUCUACAACGCAUCUGCAGCAGCUGGCUGCUCUCUGCACUCCCACCUAACUCGAUCACAAAUGGGUAGUCUAGACUCUAAUUUAACCGAACCCAGCCAAUUCAAGCCCCUAGACCCUCAAGAAUUUCGCAAACAAGCCCAUCAAAUGGUAGAUUUCAUUGCAGAUUACUAUCAAAAUAUCGAAACCUACCCAGUACUUACCCAAGUCCGCCCUGGCUACCUCCAUACUCGCUUGCCUGAAACUGCACCUUAUCGUCCCGAGUCCUUCGAUACCAUUCUCAGUGAUGUUGAAAAGCUCAUAGUCCCUGGAAUGACUCAUUGGCUUAGUCCAAAUUUCUUCGCAUUCUUUCCUGCUACAGUAAGCAGUGCAGCUUUUCUUGGAGAAAUGCUGUGCACUUGCUUUAACUCUGUUGGAUUCAACUGGCUUGCUUCGCCGGCUUCCACUGAGCUAGAAAUGAUUGUUAUGGAUUGGCUUGGACAUAUGCUUAACCUACCAAAAAGCUUCAUGUUCUCAGGUUCCGGUGGAGGCGUGAUUCAAAAUACAAGUAGUGAAGCAAUUCUUGUAACACUUUGUGCAGCAAGAGACAGAGUUCUCUCCAAAACGGAGGCCAACCAUUUGUCCAAUCUCGUGGUUUACGGCUCUGAUCAAACUCAUUCAACGUUUCAAAAGGCAUGCAAAUUAGUUGGGAUACAUCCCUCCAACAUAAGAUUAUUACCCACCUCACUGGAUACUGGAUUUUCUCUAUCUCCUGUCACUCUCCGCACUGCGAUAGAAGCUGACAUGUUGUCUGGUUUGGUCCCACUUUACCUUUGUGUUACUGUGGGGACAACUUCAACUACAGCCAUUGAUCCCAUUGAGCCUCUUGCUGAGGUGGCAAAUGAUUACGGCUUGUGGAUGCAUGUAGAUGCUGCUUAUGGUGGCAGCGCAUGCAUAUGCCCGGAGUUCAGGGAUUACUUAAAUGGGGUAGAACGAGUUGACUCACUGAGUCUUAGUCCACACAAGUGGCUCCUGAGUUAUAUGGAUUGCUGUUGCUUGUGGGUGAAAAACCCGAGCCUAUUGAUAAAGAAAAACCCGAGCCUAUUGAUAAAGGCAUUGAGCACAAACCCUGAGUACUUGAAGAACAAGGAAAGCGAGUCGAACUCGGUCGUCGAUUUUAAAGACUGGCAAGUGGGUACAGGUCGGAGAUUCAAGUCGCUCCGUUUAUGGAUGAUACUGCGUAGCUACGGCAUCUCUAAUCUCCAAAGUCACAUUAGAUCCGACAUCCAGAUGGCUAAAGUGUUUGAAGGGUUUGUAAGAUCCGACUCGCGGUUCGAAAUUGUGGUGCCGAGAAGAUUUGCGCUUGUGUGCUUCCGGUUGGUAUGGCCAAACAAGUUGGACGGAUUGGGUAACUCCGAGAUUCUGAACCGGAAGCUUCUAGAGUGGGUGAACUCGACAGGUCGAAUUUAUAUGACGCAUACAAAAGUAGGAGGAGAGUACGUAUUGAGAUUUGCAGUGGGGGCUACACUUACUGAGGAACGGCACGUGGUUGCCGCGUGGAUGUUGAUAAAGGACGGAGCUGAUGUGUUGUUCAAGAGUGCAUAAGAAAAUUUAUCUACCUCCGAUGUACUGAUUCUUUAGUUUGCAAUAAAUCAGUAUGUUUAGAAUCGGACUGGAUCAGCUGACUAGACCGGUUAAAUUAGAAAUCGGCUGGCUAUUCUAUUCAAUUAUAAAGCUAGUUUGGUUUCCAAAAAAAAAAAAACUGGGUUUUUGAAAGAACCGAGUUGAACCGUUGAUAUAAAUCAGAAAAAGUGGGUUUCUUUUAAAAUAUAUAUAUAUACUGUGUUUGGUAUUAUUUGUGUGUUUGAAGAAAUUAAUUUGUGUGUUUGAGGAACUUAAAUUUGAGCUAUUUUUAUUGAACAAUGUAAUUAGAUUUAUGAGUGUUGAAUUAUUGUAAGUUUAAUAAUUAUUAGUUAAAA